GUUCCAGUACCUUCAAACUGUCUUCUUUCUGUCGCUCACGCGGUGCUUUUCUUAACCUCGCCCGUGUUGCUUCUACCUUGACUUCAUCGCGUGUCUGGGAUUCAGAGGUUUGACUUACCGGAUUGUGUUGCCUUUCUUAUACCUCGUCUUCCAGUGAAGGGAGGUAACUACCAUUUUCGCGCGCACCUGGAAGCUCUUACAAACGGAGUCCUUCACUCCAGCGCCGCUCCUUUCCAGCUUUCCCUCAGAGUCCACGUUCUCCUCAUGCACCCAAGAGACUUCCAUUAGGCGAUCACCCGCGUUUCCCUUUCGAGCGAAUACGACAGAUAUAGGAUGGCCUUCAACUUUGGAUCAUCGAACCCCGCCGGGGGUAAUGGUAACUUCGAGCUGGGACCUGAAUUGCCAGAGGGUCCGGCGGAGGAAGUCGGCUUCAAGGGCGUCGACGGUGACUCCAACAUCCGGAUCUUAUCUACUCCAUGGCCCCAAGACGCUCUUCCAGCUCCGACAGCUUCGCUAUUAGCCGUUGCGCCCACCAAAGGCAUACUUGUUGCGGCCGGACCCGACUCCCUGUCUGUUGCCUCUACCGAGUCAAUCAGAGCCGCUAUCUCCGCGCCUACCGAGGGCAAGGUCAAAACGAAGCCGUUCCAGCCGCAAGCGACGAUUUCCCUUCCUGCACGACCCACACAUAUCACCUUUGCAUCGAAUGAUACCGCUCUUCUGCUGGCUACGGAGAAUGGCGCACAGCUGUCAGUAUUCGAAACCGCGAGCCUGACGUCGGGAAAUGCGCAGCCCGCGCUGUCAAUCCCCACCAACGGUACGACCUUCCGUACCAUCGCGGCCAAUCCCGCGCAGGAACUCUCGUCGCUUGUUGCGCUUGUGACAACGGGCGGCGAUCUGUUGGUAGCGGAUCUGAAAGCGGGUAAUUUGGUCUCUGGUCCAAAUGGACAGGUGCUGAAGAGCGGAGUCAGUUCGGUUUGCUGGAGUAACAAGGGUAAACAGCUUGUAGCUGGUCUCGCAGAUGGCACGGGCUUUCAAAUGACUCCGGAUGGUACGCAGAAGGAUUUGAUUCCGCGCCCCUCAGAUCUCGAGGGUGACUGUCACGUUUCCUCUAUUGCCUGGCUGGAGAACGAUAUUUUCCUCACGAUUUACACUCCAAAUACGCUAGAAGAUGACAUGGGCGGGAACCCCCCUUCGUCAUACUAUAUCAUCACUCGACGAAAACAGGCGCCUUUCUUGAUUCAAAGAUUGCCUGAAUUGUGCAGUCCCUGGGGGUACAAGCGCACUCCAGCCUUUCAGUUCAUUGCACGCUUACGCGACUACAAGCCGCACUUGAAGGAUGUUCUCAUUCUGUCUUCAACGGCAUGCGCCGAUAUUGGCCUGAUCACCAGGGCAGACCAACCUUUGGUGAAGAGUGACACAGUCAACACCGCUGGAGUCUUUGUUACGACUGAGGUCUCAGAUGAUUCCAAAAGAGCCAGUGUUCCCUUGAGCGACUCCGGCGACGAAACUUCAGUUAUUGGUCUAGGGCUAGAUCUAUCUAGCAAGGAGAAUGUCAUUACUCCCAUCCCGGGUGCGGACAUUGAAGAGAGCUCUACCCCGCUGCCGAAUUUCUUGUUGCUCAACCACGAGGGUAUUCUCUGCUCUUGGUGGUUCCUGUAUUCAGACGCCAUUCGACAGAAGGUCCUCUACCAGGGUAUGGCGGAUCAGAUGCAGGCGCAAGCGCAACAAACGCCCCAAGCACCCCAAGCUCAGCCUUCAUCUUUUGGUCAAUCGGGCUUUGGUGGUGCGUCGGGUUUCGGAUCAUCCGCAUUUGGUAGCCCUGCUGCUCCAUCUUUUGGAAGCCCAUCUGCUCAAGCCGCCCCUCAAAAGCCCGCUUUUGGUGCGUCAUCGUUUGGGUCCCCGUCACAGCAAGGUCCCGCGUUUGGCCAAUCUGGCUUCGCAGCGCUGGGAGGAGGGUCUUCGGGCUUUGGUCAGCCAUCCACGCCUGGAAAAGGGCUUAGCUCUCUCUCCUUUGCACAGUCAGGCACUGGUUCCGGAGGCGGCUUCGGAGCCUUUGCACCCAAAACUGGCGGCGGAUUCGGCGCUUUUGCGUCAACAAACCAGUCAAGCACAUCGCUGUUUGCGCAAGCGGCAUCUAGCGAAAGUCCCCUUACCAAAGCAUCCAAUGCUUCGCCCUUCGGUGGACAGUCUAGCAUGGCAAGCGCCUUUGGCGCUCCGAAGACGAGCGGGUCGACGGGUUCAUUCGGGCUCGGUUCCAGUCCUUUCGUGGUUGGAUCUACCUUCAAGUCUGAUGGCAGUGCUGCCAAUGAUCUGCCGAAGCCUGACAAGCCUUCUGGAAUGUUCUCCUUUAGUGAGUCCAUGGAUGACAUGAUGUCUUCGAGCACCAAGACCAGCCCACCCAAUGAGGAGAUGGAUGACAUGGAGGAUGAGAGCGCUACUCCGCAACAGAAACCCGGGGAGAAGGGAACAACUUCGUCGCUCUUUGGCCAAACUUCGACAGCAACGUCUGCGCCUAAAGGGUUGUUUGGGGCACCUUCGGAGCCUACGACAUCUGCUCCUAAAGGGUUGUUCGGUGCACCCUCGCAGCCUACGACAUCAGCAGCACCUAAAGGGUUGUUUGGUGCACCAUCGGCACCAGCUUCGUCUGCCUCUAAAUCCAUGUUUGGUUCACCCUCAACGACCACAACCUCCACACCUAGAUCACCCUUUACUUCUCAGCCAAUCUCGAACCCCUUUGGUCAACAGGCUAGCAAGCCCGGCUUCUCAUUAUUCGGAAGCACAACUCCUGCCAAGUCGCCGUUGGCAUUCUCUACAUCCGCAGACAGUACUACCCCUUCGAAGGAACAGUCAGAGGACGACGCCCGCACUCCUAGCGCUACACCGCAGGGCGCCCCGCUACCCCCGGAUCCGAUCAGCAAGGCCUCAUAUGGACCCGGCGACACAUCUGCCUCAUCGAAUGUGUCCAAAAGUUCAGUCGACGAUGCUCCUCUACCACCCGACUUCACCACAAGCAAACUCACUACUAAGGAAGCUGCAGCAGAGGCACCUCUGCCGCCAGACUUCACUAAAAUCGGAAAGAAGGCCGACGAUGAAAAUGAAGGAGUGGGACCUGAAGAGGCUCCAUUGCCUCCGGAUUUCAGCAUUCCCAAACCACGUCAAGAAUCGGAAGAUGUCGCUCCAGUGCCGGACGAGUCUGAUGGAGAAGACUAUGAAGGCGAAGACGACGGGUCCGAGGAAGGUGCGAGCGACGAGGAAGAAGAAUCCGAUUUUGCUGAUAGCGGGGAGGACAUUACAAAUGACAUCAGUCCAUCCGAGUCGAAUGAGCCUAGCCCAAAGGCGCUUCCUAAAGGCUCUUUCAAGCCAGGCGCACAGGUCACAGGUGGUCUCUUCUCGCCGGCUUCCAAGCCCCCAUCAGCUCCCCAACCACAGCCUUCGCGGUCUUUGUUUGGCGCUAUGAGCAAUCCGAAGUUCCCUGCACUUCAAAACCGAGAGCUUCCGCGAUCGCCUAGUCCGGUACGAGGAGCUGCACCAAAUCGCCUCUUCAAUGCGGAUGGGAAGAAGGGCGUCAGCGCCCCUCAGAGUCCGGGUAGCGCUCUCACUGCAAGGAAAGCGUCCCUGACCGAACAUCAGAGACGCGAGAGCCAGCUCAAGCCCAAACCCGCUCGGAAGGAAUUAUCGCAACAGGAACUUCGUGCAAGACAGUUAGAAGAAGAGGCACAGGUUCUUUCCGAUGACGAUGAGGACGAAAGACUUCGUGCGGACCUUGCGCUGCCUCUGGAACCUGUUCCUACCCUUGAUCCUUUCUUGCCCCAUCAUGAUUAUGCUGGUGAAACUAGUAAACCCGGUAUUCCUGGCCAAAUUGAACGACUCUACCGCGACAUCAACUCGAUGGUGGAUACCCUAGGCAUCAACGUCCGUUCCUUGUCCUCCUUCCUUCUCUACCAGAAGCAGUCGAAAGACCCGCACUGGGUCGAUACGCUGCAGCAAGACAAUGCUACCGACAUACUCGAUAAGGAGCUGGUUCUGUGCGAAAUCGAGAAGUUCGACGAUGCAGUCGCAAUGCUUGCUGCUUCUUUGGAACAGCAGCGCGUUCAGGGCGUGGAAGAGAAGCUGGAGAAAUGCCGCGAGCUUUUGAGCAAGGAUAUCAUCACUCUUCGUGGUCAGUGUGCCAGCAUCCGCAAGACCCUGGAUGCCCACACGGACACGACCGCCAUACAUUUCGCACCUCUUUCGGCCGAACACGCGAACUUGCAGCAAGACCUGCGGUCGGCAUCCACUGAGGUCCAGGCAAAGCUGGCCGAUUUGGAGUCUGCCGUGACUCUCCUUCGUGCCAAGAUCGCCGAUGUGCCCCCUCUGGGUGGCUCUCGCCAAACGACGAGACGUCCUACCGUCGAGGCCGUCACCACUACAAUUCAUAAGAUGAUGGAGAUGGCUGAAAGCAAGCGCAGCGACAUUGACGUCCUGGAGGCUCAGUUGAAGAGACUGGGCGUUGAUACGACCGCACCUGCGGCCAGCCGCGAAGGUUCUCCAUUUACGACACCGAAGAAGAACGCCGGAAGGCUCCCCGCCACGCCGGGGUCGCGUGGCUCCAUUGACGGGCCAUAUCACACUCCCGACUCGGCUAACCGAGCGCUCGCCUUCCGCUCCAGCAUCAACGGAUCGGCCAGGGCCAGCCGGCUCCGGAAUGUGGAGGGCGUCCAGGAUCUGGUCAGCUCAGAGGAAACAGCACAAUACAAGGCCAAGGUGCAACGCAAACAGCGCAUUGUUGAGAGCCUGAGGAGCGCGAUCGAGGCGAAGAAGAAUCGGGUCCGAACGCUGAAUGAUUUGUAAAACUAGUUGAUAUUGUUGAUUGUGUUUUGGGACUGACACAUGUUUCCUGACGGCUACUGCUACGAAAGUCAUGUCGAGAAAACAGCAGCGGGUCUUUUCUGGCGCGGUAUUGUUGUACUUUUGUUCUACAACAGGCAAUCUUGAAUGUUGAGUAGCGCUCCUUCUGUAAAUAUAGGGUUCAGUGCUUAGUCGUCAUAGAUUGAAUGAGUAUUGCGUCCCAUUCGAUU